UUCAAAACAAAAACUAGUUUUUCCACCUCUUUUCGACCUCGCAGCAGCCGCGCCAAACGCCGCUCUUCUCUUUCUAUGUUCAACAGUCGCACACAGUUUCUAGGUUAGAACGUACGCGGUUUGCAGUGUUUUCGUUUGUUGUUUUCUGUGAUUUUCACCCGUUGGAUUAAUCAUGGGGUGCGCUACGGGACUUGUCAAGUACUUCGUGUUCCUCGCCAACCUGAUUUUUGCGCUUGCCGGUCUUGCGCUUAUAAUCAUCGGUUGCCUCUACAAAUUCCACUACAGCGAGGCUAGUGCUGCGUUGCCGUCCGACUUUAGCCUUGCUCCAUGGUUGUCGAUAAUCAUCGGUGGAAUUGUCUUUGUCACCGCCUUCUUGGGAUGCUGCGGAGCUGUCAAAGAGAGCACUUGCAUGUUGACAACCUAUGCUAUUAUUCUUCUGACCAUUUUCAUUGUGCAAGUUGCGAUUGGUAUUUACGCGUUCCUCCAGAUAAAGGAUACCAACGAGUUUAGGCAUUCCAUAAGGCAGAAUUACCAGAAAGCUUUUGAUAAAAGGGACCAAACUCCCCAGGCCAAUGAAACCAUUCAAUUGGUGCAAAGUGUGAUGCAUUGUUGCGGAGUUGACGGUCCCGAUGACUGGAACUACCUUCCUCCCACCUGUUGCGAAAACAAGGACAAAAACUGCGGAAAAGCAUCCUCGAACCUUUUCCAAAUCGGAUGUUCAGAAGCUUUGUUCACCUUUUUCGAAAAAAGCUUCAAAAUCAUCGGCGGAGUCGUCAUUGGAGUUGCAGCUGCCGAAAUCAUUGGUGCAGUCUUUGGUCUCUGCCUGUCCAGUUCGAUAAGAAACCACUACAGAAGAAACAUUUACGCAUAAAAGUAUAAAAAAAUACUUAAUUCUUAAUAUAUGAAUGAAUGUGUAGAAUAUAUAUUUUUUGUUGUAAAAGUGACAUAAUAUAAACGACUUUUUUGUUAAUUUUUUUUGUAAAACGCACCAACAGAUUUAUAAUAUAAUAUAAUAU